UAAAACAUGCACCGCACGUUCUCUCAAGUCUCAACCAUUCACAAAAACUUGCAAAACUAACACCAAAAUCUCCUACUUUCUCUACUUUCUACAUGAAGAAACAAAACUUUGCCUAAUUCCUUCUUUGCACCCUUUUUCUUCUCCUAGCCAAACUUUGCAUAUUUUUUCCUGCAUCCCCAUAUAAUUUUCCUGUCCUAUAAUCUCGAGUUUCACAUAACCAACCCCAACUUGUUUCAAACUGAGACACAAUCAUAUUGUUGCAUGGUCACGAGUUUUAUCGCGUAAUACGUUUUUAUUUUGCUUGAAUCAGAAAGAUGGUUCGAGCAGCGCUUGAGGAAGCGAAAGAAAUAUGCAAGGCUAGGUUGUUGCAUUUCAAAGGAAAGUCUGAAGAUAUUGGACAGGAAGCGCGAAGUGUGAUUAUUGAGAACAAUAAUUGUAGCAGCGAUUCAUCAAUAUUGGCUUCGGGGGAUGAAAGGGCCACGUCGAAAAGUGAAGCUUCAAUACCUUUACAUGAUCAGCCUGUUGAAAUUCAAAGGGUUGGAUGUGUGCUUAAUCGUAACGGGACUAUUAAGUCACGUUUGGCCAAUGAGUCGUCUGUUGUCUCUAGCCCUCGUCCGAAACAGACCCAACCUUCAGAUACGGAGAUGAUGAAGGAAAAGUUUGCAAAGUUGCUGCUUGGUGAGGAUAUGUCUGGUGGAGGAAAGGGUGUCUCUUCUGCCUUGGCCUUGUCAAAUGCAAUCACAAAUCUAGCAGCUUCUGCCUUUGGGGAACAGAAGAGAUUAGAGCCUAUGCCAGCAGAUAGAAAAACCAAAUGGAGAAAAGAAAUUGAUUGGCUGUUAUCUGUAACAGAUCACAUUGUUGAAUUUGUUCCUUCUAAACAAAUAUCAAAAGAUGGAACAUCAUGCAUGGAGGUUAUGGUGACGAAGCAGAGAACUGAUCUCCAAAUGAACAUUCCAGCAUUACGCAAGCUAGAUGCUAUGCUCCUUGAUUGCUUAGACAGCUUUAAAGACCAAAAUGAGUUCUCCUAUGUAUCAAAGGAUGACGACUCACAGGAAGGGAGGAACGAUGACAAAUGGUGGAUACCGACUCCUAAGGUUCCCCCUAAUGGAUUGUCUGAUGUUACAAGGAAAUGGCUGCAAUUUCAGAAGGAUUCAGUAAACCAAGUUCUUAAAGCAGCCAUGGCCAUAAAUGCUCAAGUCCUGUUAGAAAUGGAAAUCCCUGAAAGUUAUAUAGAUUCCCUACCCAAGAACGGUAGAGCAAGUCUUGGAGAUGGGAUCUAUAGGAGCAUUACUGAUGAAUACUUUGAUCCGGAUUACUUCCUCACAAUGAUGGACUUGACUUCAGAACAUAAAAUUUUAGACCUCAAGAACAAACUUGAGGCUUCUGUAAUUAUUUGGAGACGAAAGAUGACUGCUAAAGAUGGGAAGUCAGCAUGGGGUUCAGCCGUUAGUGUAGAGAAGAGAGAGAUCUUUGAAGACAGAGCAGAGACUAUAUUGCUUAUUCUUAAGCAGCGCUUCCCUGGAAUUCCUCAGUCAUCUCUAGACAUUAGCAAAAUCCAAUACAACGAGGACGUGGGGCAAGCUAUUUUAGAAAGCUAUUCAAGAAUAAUAGAGAGCAGGGCACACACAGUCAUGUCACGGAUUGAAGAUGUGCUCCAAGCAGAUGCUAUGGCCCAAAAUCCUUCCAGUGCUGAAGUAAAGAGGUCCCCUUUAUUAAGAGAUUCACUACGCGUAUCACCAUCAGGAAGGUUCCCAAAUGCUAAGGAAGAAAUAGAAAAGCUUAACUCUGUAGAGAAUCCAACUUCAAUGACACUGUUGGAUUUCAUGGGAUGGACAGUGGAACAAGGAGAAAACGACACAAAGAAAGAUUUGAAGGAGGACAUAAACAUCGAUGCAAAGAAACCACCUAAUAUAGUCACAAACAAGAAACUUUCUUACUUAGAGAACUUAGUUGGUUCUAGAAGUCCAACGGCACGCCACUAAAUGAUGUCACUCCAGAACACCGAUCAUCAGAGGCAAGACAGAGAAAUUCAUCCAAGUGACAAUCAGCAUGAAAUGUACAUACUGAGAUGAAUCAGACACACCUAGGAUUUCACCAAGUCAUUCCUAUUUGUAAAUAGGGAAAAUAGUUAUUAGGCCUGCUGGUGUGGCACUUUUUGAAAUGAUUUACUCUGCAGAAGAUGUCACCUCGUUGACAAACAACCAUGGAAAUUAUGGACUUUUUUAUAGUCCAUUGUUACCUUGGAUAGCCUCUGCUAAACGAGUUUUGUAAUCUGGAACUCGGAGUUUAUACGGCAUAUAGUAUAAUCAUUUGGUUUUAAGGCAAUUCCCUUGCCAGUUAUAAGAAAUUUUUCCUUUCAAUUUCCUCCUAUGGAGAGAAGCAGUGAGCCAAUAUGAAGUCAGUGGCUUGACAUGGUGAUCCAAAUUUAAAGCAAGGAGCUUCCUGUUUUAGUGAAGUUAGA